AUGUAUGCUGGCAAUGCCAUUGCCACUGUAAAAAGCAGCGAUACUGUGAGACUUUUGACAUUCCGGCAAACCGCAUUUGAGGCUGCUGCUGAAUCCUCAAGCGCAGCACCAACAGAGACGUUGGGUGCAGCAACCUAUGCUGGAGCAGGCAUUCAGUGGUUGAAGGACUCUGAGGCUACCAGCGACAAGCCGCAGCUGAGUAGCGCCAGCCGCGUGGUUGCAGGAGGGCGUGGUCUCAAGAAUGGUGAAAACUUUGAGAAGGUCUUGGAGCCGCUUUGUGACAAGCUGAAGGCUGCACUGGGAGCUUCACGGGCAGCGGUGGACGCUGGCUUUGUCCCCAAUGAGCUGCAGGUGGGCCAGACAGGAAAGGUUGUGGCCCCGCAGCUUUACAUUGCCGUGGGCAUCAGCGGUGCCAUCCAGCACCUAGCAGGAAUGAAGGAUUCCAAGACCAUUGUUGCCAUCAACAAGGAUGCGGAUGCACCGAUUUUUCAGGUUGCAGACUAUGGUCUUGUUGCCGACCUCUUUGAGAGCGUUCCCGAGCUGACCAGCAAGGAGGGCUACGAUGAUAAGGCUCGUCCCAUGGUGGACUUGUUGCUGGUGGUUGAUGACGAGGUUGGGGCUGUGGAUGUAAGCAAGUGUGUGUGUGUGUGUGAGUAUGUAUCAUAUAUUAUAUAUUCAAGAAUCAACAAGGUACUUGCAGAAAUGGCUUGA